GCUCCUUUGCCGUUUUGGUCUAUGCCUAUUUUCGUUUUUGUAGUUAUCCUUGCCGUUUUGGUUUAUUGCCGUUUUGGUCACAUGCCGUUUUGUCCAGAAACCAUAUUGACGCUUGUAUAGGCCGAGGCUGGAGCUUUAUGUUAAAAAAACUACUGGAUCAAAUGGCAACUCUGAAGCGUGUACAAAAUGUUGCUCUACUAGGAGGCGUUCAUGGCAAUGAGAUGUCUGGUGUAUUUGUAGCUCAAAAGUUUAUGAAGGAUCCUACUGACAUCACAAGGAACUCAUUUAAAACUACAGUUUUGAUGGGAAAUCCCAAAGCUGUUGAGAAGUGCACUAGAUAUAUAGAUGUGGACCUAAAUCGUCAGUUCUCUAAAGAGAAUUUAAAUGCUACAAAUAUUGAUGCAAGUUACGAAGUCCAGAGAGCGAGAGAGAUCUCUAAUGCUUUAUCGAAAGACUUUGGCAGUCCCGAUGUUGUCUUGGACAUGCACAAUACAACAGCAAACAUGGGAAACUGUUUUAUAAUUCAGGACAAGCAACAAGUCCUUUCCUUGCAUUUGAUUAACUACAUUGUAAAGAAAGCUAUUCAUAAAGCUCCUGCACAUAUACUAUGUGUAAGUAAUCCAAAAUAUACAUAUAACUGCAGUAGAUGUCUUGCACCAAAUGGUAUCGUGUGUUUGACCAGAAGAAGUAAGGAAUUGGCAGGUACAACAAAUAAGGCAUUUCCGGUUGGCCGGGUUAGUGUUAUUUUUAAGUGGUGGUGGUGGUUGGAAAGUCUGGAGCUAGGCCCACAACCUCAAGGGGUCUUACUUGCUGAAUUGUUUCAAAGAAUGCAAGAACUUGUAAUUAAUUCUAUGGACUUCUUUGAGGCAUUCAACUCAGGUGCAACAUCAGAUUCAUUUCAAGCAGAUGUGUACAACAUCAUGGAGAAGGUUGAUUUCCCACGGGAUUCUGAUGGCAAUAUAACAGCAAUGAUUCACCCACGGUUACAGGACAAAGACUGGGAAGCCCUCAACCCUGGCGACCCGAUUUUUCUUACUUUCAAUGGCAAGACAAUUGGUUACGAUGGCAAGGAAACAAUGUUCCCAGUAUUUAUCAACGAAGCCUCAUAUUAUGAAAAACAUCUCGCCUUUUGGCUUACGAAGAAGGAAACGUUUAACGUUCCAGCUAUAAAAGUUCAGUAAAAAAUCUGUUUUGUGCUUAACACAGUA